AUGAUGUCGCAGUCGCAUAACAAAAUUGUUUACUUCUGUUUCGUUUUUAUUUCGAUUUUUAAUUACGGUUCGUUCGAAGUCGUUGAAAUUGAACAAGGCAGCAUCAAUGGCACCAUAUUAAGAUCACGCAAUGGACGAAACUUUCAUGCAUUUCUUCGGAUACCGUUUGCUGAGCCACCAAUUGGCGACUUACGAUUCAAAGAGCCACAAUCACCGAAACCAUGGAAUGGUCUCUACGAUGCCACAUACUAUGGGCCGAUGUGCGUCCAAACGAACGCACGGCCUGACAUCGGUGCCGAUGAGGACUGUCUGCAUCUCAAUGUGUUUUCGCCAAAUUUAAAUGCGUCGUUGCCGGUGAUUGUUUACAUAUUUGGUGGAGCUUUUUCGUUUGGAACUGGGAUCGAUCAAGGAGGACCGCAAAGCUUGAUGGACAGAGAAGUGGUUUUGGUUAAUUUUAACCAUAGAGUUAGCGCUCUAGGAUUUUUGGCUCUAGGAACAAAGGAAAUUCCAGGAAACGCUGGAAUGAAAGACCAGGUCUUGGCAUUGAAAUGGAUUCAAAAUAACAUUGCUGCUUUCGGAGGCGAUCCCAGACGAGUUACACUGACUGGAAUGUCGGCAGGAGGAAUUUCGGCAACUGCUCACAUGAUUUCCCCAAUGUCAAAGGAUCUGUUUCACGGUGUUUACUCUUUCAGUGGAUCGAUUACUGGCGUACGAUCAUUGUUGUAUGGACCCCAUCACUUAGCGUAUGGUAAAUUGUUGGCUCAAAAAGUGGGAUGCAAUGACACUGAAAAUGUUGAAAAUAUGAUUGCGUGUUUACAAGAAAAACCGGCAAUCGACAUUGUCAGUGCUGAAGUAAGAGAUUUCCCCGAAUGCGUAUUGUCAGCCUGGUUUCCGAUAAUAGAGCCCAAUUUAGGACAAGCACAAUUCCUUGCUGAUGAUCCUGCCGAAUUAUUCAGAACUGGUAACUUUUACAAAGUGCCAGUUGUGAUUGGCCGAAGUACUGAUGAGUUCGUGAAUCCAGUUAUCCGUGUCUUGGAGAGCCGACUUCUCGACAUGAUGAAUAGUGAAUUUGAUGUGAUUGCUCCGAUUUGCUUCCGUUACGAAGAAAACACGGAAAAAUCCAAAGCUUUUAGCGAAGUAUUGAGAAAAACAUAUUUACCUUUCGAUGAAAUUGACGUUCGCUCCUUCGGCGGGUUAGCUUAUCUAUUCGGUGAUAGUCUUAUUGGUUAUAGCGUUCACAGACUUGUUCAUCUCAUUUCCAAACAAACGCCAGUUUUCUACUACAAAUUUUCUUACAUCGGACGUCACAGCGCCUUCCUGUAUCCGCACGAUAAGCCUUAUGGUACUCAUCACGGUGACGACACUCAGUAUCCAUUUCAAGACUUCACCUUCAGACCGGGUCGUGAGAUUAGUUUAUUAGAUCCGGAAAGUUUCAUGGUGGAGAGAAUGACGAAAAUUUUCGAAAGUUUCGCUGCCUCAGGGAAUCCGAACUUCAAUCCAGAAGAAAUGAAUUGGCCACAGCAUGAUUUAUCGAAUGAAUUCUACAUGGAUAUUGGUACGCAUAUGGUGGAGAAGAAUGGUUUAUUCCUCGAACGUUAUUCUGUUUGGGAUGACUUUGUGAAUAGUGCAUCGUCCAGCGUAUUUUCGACGACAAAGUCUGUGUUUGUUUCCAUAUUUGCUGUUGUCAUUACAAUUCUGAAAAUGUGCAUCUAAGCCAUAUCACUGCAUAAAGGGCAAAGAGAGUAAAAUUUGAGGUUGACAAAUUUGUCUAACAAUUUCACAGGCAUACAACGUUUUACGUAACGAAGUGUUUUGUUCAUUAACUUUAUCGCACUUCUGCGAUAAAACUGUAUAAAAACCCUUUAUGCAAUUCAGUGAUGAUAUUUGUAGCUUACGCAACCUGUGUGCAAUGUGUUAUGAACGUAUUUUAUCACACUAGUGCGAUAAAGGAUUUGCAAGGGAUCUGCGAAAAAAGCCACCUGGUGCUGAAGUUACACUGAGAUUAUCUUCGGUAUUUAUUCGAUUUUCUUCAUUGCAUAAAACGUUGUAUGCAACACGAAUCGUAU